CUACUAUCAGAGGUAUCGGGCUGUAUGGAAUUUUGUUUCGCCCAAAAUUUCUAGGGUUUUGGAGCGAAGGGGCCUGUCCGUUUUUCUGGAGUUGUGGAGCUAUUUGAAGGUCAAUUAAGUAGGUGGGAAGCGGAAGGAAGGUGGUAAUCGCACAAGAAAGUAAAUGUGGUGGGUACGAAGUGGCUUUGCUCUGUAAGAUUCGCUGGAAGUAGAAGGGGAAAGCAGGGACCACGACGAAGCUGUGAAGACGAGAUUACCCCCUUUGCGAGUUGAGCAACAGGAUGACUACGUACUUGGAAUUGAUAGUCCACCAUGGUGGGAAAAUGGACUAUUCUGAGGAGGUUCCUCGCUACCUAAAUGGCAAGAUUGAAGAAGUUGACAUGGACCUAGACUACAUCUCCUACUUCCAGUUACAACAGCUUGGUGUUGUCCACUUUGAAUACGCUAGGGUCGAGCGCUUGUGGUAUAUGGCUCCAUCGCAUAAUUUGGGAAAUGGUUUGGUUGAAAUAAGGUCCGACACCGAGGUAAUGGAUGGACUGAUUCAU